GUAGUCAAGUGCAUUUUCUUGAUUAAUAUCAACAAAACUAGUCGUUUUCUUGUUGUGUUUUCCUAGAUUCAUUGAAAUGGCUCCCCCGUCAAAACCCACAAGCUGUGUGAACGGUGGUUAUUGGCUGAGCAGCACAAACCAGCAACUUCCUCCUUCCAAUAUCGAUGCUAAACUCUUCACCCAUUUAUUUUGUGGCUUUGCUGAGAUCGACCGAAAUAGCUAUGAAGUUACCGUUCCUGCUUCGCAAGCGACCCUAAUCAAUCAAUUUUCUUCAACUGUCAGAAUGAGCAAUCCUGAUGUGAAGACACUGUUGUCCAUUCGAGGAGACAGAGACGUAUUUGCUAAAAUGGCUAGCGAACCCACCUAUCGUGAUGGAUUUAUUCAAUCCUCCAUUGAAGUAGCAGCAAAAGGCAAGUUCAACGGUCUGGAUCUCCAGUGGUUGUACCCAUCUUCUGAAGAAGAAAUGCAAAACUUUGAAAUUCUCCUUGGUGCAUGGCGCCAAGCUGCUGUGGAUGAUGCUAAAACCUACCAUCGACCACAAUGGAUCCUUGUUGCUUCCGUCUCCAACUUACCCUAUGUUGAGAGCAGUAUUGUGUACCCAGUUGAAGAAAUCAAACAAAACUUGGAUUGGGUAAACCUCAUUUCUUACGACUUUUACACCCCAGCUUCCUCCCCCUCUGCUACUGGACCAUCCUCUGCACUCCACAACCGCAUGGCCAGAUCCUUGUCCGCAAAUUUUGGAAUUGACGCUUGGAUUCAAAGUCUUGCCAAUUUGCCUCGUAAGCAGAUUGUAUUUGGAAUCCCUUUCCACGGCUGGGCAUGGAAGCUCGCCAACCCCGACAAGCACGACGUCUUUUCAAAGGCUCUUGGCCCAGCUAAGGGAGAUCAAUAUAUUUCUCAAAACGGCCAAAUCGAUYAUUCCAAUGUCAAAAGGUUUAUAAAACAGAACCAUGCUCAAUAUGUGAAAGAUGACUCCCGAUAUUCAAUCUCCUACGCCUAUGCUGGUACCACUUGGAUUGCAUACGAAAGUGAAUACACCAUUCCGGAUAAAAUUUCAUCUGCAAAGUCAAGCAAGGUGCUUGGUUACUUUGCUUGGAAUAUUGCUGCUGACGACGAAGUCAACACUCUUGCUAACGCAGCCCAAACCAAUUGGUCCUAAUUUCAUUUCCUCUAUUUUUCUUCCCAUCUUCAAUCAGCUUUCAAAUCGUUCAAUAAAAUCAGCAUGCUAUGCUAUGCUACAUGCUACAUUGCCUUUUAAUUCUAAACACUAUUUAGCUUCAUGCUA